AUGACAGAUUUCUGUAACUAACCUCAAACAAAACCUGCCUUAUUUGGUAAUUCAAUUUUUGGCAAAUUUAACACUCAUUAAGAAGUAUUAUAAAUAAAAGUAAUAACUUAAAACAUGGCUGAAGAUUUACAAAGAAAAAUGCAAGCUGAAUUAGAAACUUAUCAAACUUUACAAAAAGAAUACAGAAAAGCUCUAACUGUCCGUCAACAACUAGAAACUCAAUUAACUGAAAAUAAUAUGGUAUCUGAUGAACUAAAGAUGCUUAAAGAUGAUACAGCAAUAUUUAAAUCUGUUGGUCCAAUACUCGUAAAAACAGAACUGGUAGAAGCCAAACAAAAUGUCUUAAAAAGGAUAGAAUACAUUAGCAAGGAAAUGAAACGAGUUGAAGAACAAAUUGCUGGCAUUGAAAAGAAACAAGACACAUCCAGAGAAACCUUACAAAAAUUCCAACAACAAAUUCAACAAGCGCAAAUGAGAGCGGCUAUGCAGGCUUAGUAAAGAAUUUUUUUCUUUUCUUUCUUUAUAAUUUGAUCUUCAAUUAAAAUAAUUCUUGCGUAAUGCCCAGUUUAUAUUUAAUAAAACUUCUAUUUAACACAUUAAAUAAAAACUUUUUAUAACAUUCAAUAUAUUGCAAAAUGUUUUAUUAUAAUUGUAUCAUUAUUUUUAUAAUCAUAUCUGAAUGUUGUAAUAUAAUUUGUAUAUGAAUUUUUGUGUUUUGCAUGCUGAAAUAAACCAAGAUUUGCUUAA